UGAAAUUGUUGUGCGGAACGUAACGGUACCGAACGAGGCGGGCGAAUGCAACAUCCAACAAAUGCAUUUUCUGUUCCGGACUAAUGUGAUAACUUUUCCUCAAUCGAUUCUCUUGCCACCGCACGAAAACCAAAAAAAAACAAGAACACACACCAACAAUUGACACGCAGUAUUUAAAAGGUGCAUAAAAAAUAAAAAUAAAAAAGUGCCGCGAAACGUGAACAAAGUUGAAAAGUAUUGUACACAUAAAUAGAUAUAUACAUAUAUGUACAUACAUAUACCGUCAACUCGCGACAAGACCAGUCAUUGUCUUCUAACUAAUUUUUUAAGAACUUAUUUAUAUCUAAUUGCUGAAAAGUCAAAAUGAAGUUGACAUUUUGUGGCCAUAACAAAAACUCAACGGCAAUGGAGAGUUCUCAGAAAUCGGUAACACCCGCAGAUACGAAGGCCAAGGAAGAGGCUGCAACGGGCACAAGUUCCGGACUCGGAGUGCGUCAUUUGCAAAUAGGUUUGCUCUUCUGCGGCCUAUCGGUGGCUUAUGCGUUGCGAGUGAAUCUUUCGGUAGCCGUUGUGGCCAUGACCGAUUCAAACUCAGCCAAUCCUGAUUUCCCUGAAUAUGACUGGUCGGAAAAGACAAAAUCGUUGCUGCUGAGCAGCUUCUUUUGGGGCUAUGUGAUCACGCAAGUGCCUGCCGGUCAGUUGGCUCGCAAAUUUGGCGGCAAAGUUAUGAUCCUUAAUGGUCUCCUCAUCUGCUCCAUUUUAAACAUAUUGACGCCACUCUGCGCCAAGCUGGGAGGUUGGCAGCUAGUCUGCGCCCUUCGUGUUAUUGAGGGUCUCUGUCAAGGCGUCGUAUUUCCCUCCACCCACACCAUACUCUCAAAAUGGGCGCCACCUUCCGAACGCGCCACUCUGGGUACCUGUGCCUAUUCUGGCAACCAGUUUGGCACCAUAGUUAUGUUAGCCACCAGUGGUAUCAUCGCUUCCUCUUCUUUGGGCUGGCCCAGCAUUUUUUAUAUCUCAGGCGGUAUUGGCUGUGUGUGGGCCGUGAUUUUCUUCUUUUGGGGAGCCAGCUCUCCCAAUGACUACAAGAGCAUUUCGGUGGAGGAAAAAAAACUAAUUGAGAUGUCGCAGGCCAACGAAGUCAGCACCGUACAGGAGCAGCCCGCAAAGAAUCUCCGCACGCCCUGGUUAAGCCUCUUUACCUCAGCGCCAUUCCUAGUACUGAUCGUGGCGCAUAGCACGCACAAUUGGGGCUUCUGGACGUUGCUCACUGAAAUACCGAGCUACAUGAAGAACAUCCUGGGCAAGGACAUUAAGUCGAACGCGAUGUUGUCAUCGCUGCCAUACUGUGCCAUGUUUGUCAUGUCUUUCGUGUUCUCUGCGAUCUCAGCAUAUCUGAACAGCCACAAGUGCAUCACAACAGUGACAAGCCGCAAGCUUUUCAAUUCCAUUGGCACCUGGAUACCAAUGAUUUCGCUCGUUUGUCUCGGCUACGUAAAUAGCGAUCAAACUAACUUGGCUGUGGCACUUCUAACGAUUACAGUGGGCAUCAAUGCCGCUACUUAUCUGGGCUUCCAAAUGAACCACAUUGAUCUGUCCCCCAACUUUGCUGGCAUACUUAUGGGAAUUACGAAUGGCGUGGCCAAUAUCAUGAGCAUUAUUGCCCCAUUAAUUGUGGGCUUCAUUGUGACGGACGAGCACGAUUCAGACCAGUGGCGCAUUAUCUUCUUUAUCGCCGGUGGUUUCUAUCUGGUUGGCAAUGCACUCUUCGUUAUCUUUGGUAGUGCAUCUGUGCAAGAAUGGAACGAUCCGCCAGCAAAUCCCCGGCUGUCCAAGCGCAACUCUACUCAUGUAGAGUCCCAACAUUAACUUUUGUAUUUGAAAGUGUUGUUGGUCAUCAAUCAAGAGGAACCCCUAGUCACCUACUUAGUUCAAUCUAUGAGGCCGCUGGGUUCAAGUAUAGUGCUGUUCGAUCGGUCAUUGUGCUCGACAUGUGUUGUAUAGAUAUGCAGGCAGUUCCAUCGAUGUACAUAUAUUUUAAUGAUUGUGCUUUACGCAAUGGAUUUUAACAUGUCUAUGCAUUUGUUUUAAGUUCUUUUUGCGCUUAUAUAUUUAUCGUUUUAGUUUUAAUCUAUAAUUCCUAGUUUUAAGAUUGUAUAAUUGAGAAUACAAAUUACACAAACAAAUUUUCCCGUAAA